AUGCUUCUCCCCUUGGGGGCACUUUGGGUAGCGCCGUUGCCGAGGACCCCCAGAUUCUGCCCCCGUCCCCUGGCCCGGUGCUGUCCCCACGCAGUCGGUGGCGAUGGGACGGUGUCACCCCCCGGUGCCAUCCCAACCCUCUCCCCACCCCCAGAUCUUCAAGGCGCACCCGCUGCAGCGGAUGUACGACGUGCAGAACAUCGUGGACCCGUCGGUGCCCGAACCCAACACGGCGCUCCUGUCCCUCGUCCUGAUGGCCGGCACCUUCUUCCUCGCCCUCUUCCUCCGCAAAUUCAAGAACAGCGCGUUCCUGCCCGGCGUGGUCCGGCGUCUGAUCGGGGACUUCGGGGUGCCCAUCUCCAUCUUGAUCAUGGCCCUGGCUGACUUCUUCAUCAAGGACACCUACACGCAGAAACUGAACGUGCCCAGGGGCCUGGAGUUGACCAACAGCACCGCCCGGGACUGGUUCAUCCACCCCAUGGGCAGAACAGGCAACUUCCCCAUCUGGAUGAUGUUCGCCUCCGCGGUGCCCGCCCUCCUGGUCUUCAUCCUCAUCUUCCUCGAGACGCAGAUCACCACCCUCAUCGUCAGCAAGCCGGAGCGGAAGCUGGUGAAGGGCUCAGGGUUCCACCUGGACCUGCUGCUCAUCGUGGCCAUGGGCGGCGUGGCCACGCUCUUCGGCAUGCCCUGGUUGAGUGCCACCACCGUGCGCACCAUCACGCACGCCAACGCUCUCACCGUCAUGAGCAAGAGCUCGGCGUCGGGAGGGAAGCCCGAGAUCCAGGAGGUGAAGGAGCAGCGCAUCAGCGGGCUGCUGGUGGCCGUGCUGAUCGGCGUCUCCAUCCUGAUGGAGCCCAUCCUGAAGUACGUCCCGCUGGCCGUGCUCUUCGGCAUCUUCCUCUACAUGGGCGUCACCUCGCUCUUCGGCAUCCAGCUCUUCGACCGCAUCCUGCUGCUGCUGAUGCCCCCCAAGUACCACCCCAAGGAGCCGUACGUCACCCGGGUGAGGACGUGGAAGAUGCACAUCUUCACCCUCACGCAGAUCCUCAUGCUGGCGCUGCUGUGGGGGGUGAAGGUCAGCCCGGCCUCGCUGGCGCUGCCCUUCAUCCUCAUCCUCACCGUGCCGCUGCGGCGCUGCCUGCUGCCCCAGAUCUUCGACGAGAUCGAGCUCAAAUGCGUACGUACCCCAUCCCCAGCCAACCCCACCCCCACCUCUAUCCCCAUCCCUCUCCUCUCCACGUUCCCGUCCCCAUCCCUGUCCCCAUCCCAUCCCGUUCUCUCCCUGUCCCCAUUAUGACCGCCACCUCCAACCCCUCCCUGCCCGCGUCGCUGUCCCUGUCCCCAUCCUCAACCUUCAUUCCUGCCUCCAUCUCCAUCCCUAUCCCUGUUCCCGAUCUCUCACCACGCUCUCCCUGUCCCUGUCCCCAUCUGUCUCCAUCCCGUGCACAUUUCCAUCCUUAUCACCUUCCUGUCCCCAUAUGACUGCCAUCUCCAUCCACCCCGGUCCCCAUCCCUGUUCCUAUCCCCAUUCCAAUCCCCAUUCAUUCUCCUCCUAUCUCCAUCCCCAUCACUGCCCGUCCUCAUUCGUGACCCCUCAUUAUGUCCACCUCGUCCCCAUCCCUGUCCCAUCCCAUCUCCAUCUCCACCUCCAUCAUCUUCACCUCUAACUUCGCCCCCAUCUCCAUUAUCUCUAACUCCAUCUCAAUCUCCAUUUCCACCUCCAUCAUCUCUAUGUCCAUCAUCUCUAUCUCCAUCGUCUCCAACUCCAUCUCCA